GGCGCAAGGGGAGGGUGUGCAACGGGAGGCGGUAGCAGCGGAGGGAAAAGCAGCGGAGGAGGUGCGGGCGCAGGGGAGUCAGGUGGAGGCGCAGGAGCUGCAGGAGCAGCAGCAGCCGCUGGCAUGUCCUGAGCAGCCGCAGCAUGAGGAGCAGCAGCCGCUGCAGGACCGGGCGCUGCAGGCGGGGGAGGCAGAGCCGCCGCCUCAGCAGGAGCAGCCUCGGCAGGAGCAGCCUCAGCAGGAGCAGCCUCAGCAGGAGCAGCCUCAGCAGGAGCAGGGAUGCGAUGCAGCGAGCGAUAAGGCGGAAGAACAGCAGCAGCAGCAGCCGACAGCAGCAGAUGCGACCACAGCAGCUGCAACCUAGCAUGGCUCCUCCUGGCCCCUCUGCCUCUCGUACGGACACGCACUGCGUAGUACACGUGUAACCGGACUGUACGGUGGGUGGCGGCCGCAGCUGCUGCAGCGGCACGAGGGCCACCGGUGGCGGUGUGCAGCACUAGGUGACAAGCAGGGGGGGAGGGCGGGUGCUGAUGGGCGAAACGCGUUGUAUUGGAGCAUGCACGUGACGCGUUCGCUAAGAAAAACUGGUUUGAGCAAACGAAUGCGCAUUUUGGUUUUCUGCUGAAUGUAUGUAUGCGUGCCGGGCGCACCCGCAACAGGAGGUGGCAGGCGUGAAACGUGUUCAUGUCGACAGAAACUACGUCUGCUUGAUGCUGCAGCUAUGGAUGUGUUAACCACCUCGAUACUUACGAACUUACUCUGUUUCAUGCUGCUGCUAGUGAUGCUACACUGUGAUCUGUUGAGGGAGCAAUACGGACCUGGAUAAGCCGUGUACUGGGUCGGCGUGUUCGUUCUAGCAUUGGGAUUCCUUCUGUGUGGGUCAUGAUCUCGUGUAGGAGGUAGUGAGGUACCUACAUGUACUCCACCGGAGGGGAUAAAUCGUGAUCUCGGCAUGUGGUCUCGGCAUGUGUGAAGACUGUGCAGACUUGCGGCGUCUGCAUAUGAUUGCGCUGUGCUGUCGUACGGCCGCUUCGACGUCUACAGCUGGGGCAGUGGUGGUGCCGUGUGUAUUGGGUUACAGCCUAGUACCGUAGUAGGCGCCCGACUGGAACGGCUGUUAUGUUUUUCGAAGUUAUGCUGUUGAGGGAUUUCUUUCCCACUGCCCUGCACAUGAUGUUGUACCGGUACCAUACCAUGAUGCAUGGAAAAGUCGUAGCGAUCGCAUUCCGUGUAGCUUUUGUUAGGAUUGGCUAGGCUAGUCGCCAGCGUACCGUAUCUCGACUCCCCGUGUCGUGCCACGCGUAUUUUCGUCAAUAUGUGUUUUUGUUCAAAGCGUGCAUUUAGAACUGUCGUGCAGAGGAACAAGAACUAUGGAAAGGCGUUUCCGGGUCGAGAGGAACUUGAUUACGUGUGCUGGUGGUUGGUGUGUUUGGUGCGGUUGGUGCGAGGCGCACUUCAGUAACAGGUCACCAGCGCGUCCCACCCGCUGCCGGCACCUGGUGGCGCCCUGCUGCUGCUGCUGCAUGCGCUGCUGCAUGCGCUGCUGCAGGUGUCCGGUUGGUGGCUGUCCAAGUGGUGCGGAGAGCUGGCUGCAUGGUCACCUGGCUAGGAAGUGAUGUUGGGUGAACUGGCCGCGAGUCGGAACGUACUGUGAUUGCCGGAAGGUGAAGUGCGGUGCGGUGCGGUUCAGUGUGGGCGUGUGGGUGCUGCUGUGGUGUUGGUGGGGGUGGCAGACCGGGAGGCCCCACCAGCCCCGCAUGGUUACAGAGGACUUCGUCGCGGCUCAGUUACAAGCUUACAGCGCCCCCACCGGCCCCACCGGCUCCAGCUGCAGCGACUUGGCUGUGGCGAGUAGCUGCGCCUCGUAGCGGGCGCGGCAGGUCUCCAACGUCUGAGCCGUCAACGUGAUGAGCCGGUUGUACCUGAGGGAAGGGGGGAGGGAGAGAGGCGGAGGACGCGGCCGGGAGGGUGUUGUGGUGGGGUUUUGUGAGGGUUCCUGAGCGGAGGGCAUGAGUCAUGUCAUUUUUGCGAUGUGCAUGUGUGUGUGGGGGUAGGAGGAGGAGGACGUUGCUGGGGGACGUCGCCUCAGUGCACCACGAGCGCCAUGGGAGAACGUUAUUGACAUUGCAUGGGCUGCAGAGCUGUGCUUGUUUAUUUCGUUGCUUGUGUUGUCGUUUUAUGUGUGGGCUUUCCACGGCGGCACGGCGGCGGCUGGGGGUGGUGAAAGCCCCCUAGCUAGCUGUAUUGGUCACUUGAGAGAGACACUUGACAGCGCAAAAGCGAUGUCUGGGCUGUAGGGGAACCCGACUGCGGCUGCGGCUGCGCGGCUCCGCUGCAACAUGAGCUCGUCUCUAGCGGGGACCCGUGACGUGCACAACCCCGCCGCCAAUCGCCGAUCCCACCGGAGCAUGAGCUGGGUUGGGGUCCUGACGGCGUGUAGAAACCACUUCGUGAGUGGGGAG